AUGUCGAGAGCCCUCGUGCCUUCGGCACUGCCAUCGAGUAGUGGCGAUUACCACUAUCGUCCCCAUCAGCAACAACAGCAACAGCAGUAUAACUCUACCCAAUCUACUGCAGCCUGUAGUCCUAGUGCUACUGCAACUCUUAGGGGGAAUAGUAGUCAUACUAGCGAUGUGGAGAUCCUCGAGGAUAAAAAGGGGAGAAGGAACGGAGGAGUUCCUGUCUACUACGAGAAGGGAAGGUUUCUCGGAAAAGGAGGAUUUGCUAAAGUAUAUGAGUACACAGAGCAAAAGACCGGACAGCGAGUAGCCAUUAAGGCGGUUCAGAAGGCUAGCUUGACGAAGGAAAAGGCUAAGGCGAAAUUGCAGAGCGAAAUUGCGAUACAUCGUUCGCUCAAACAUCCGCGAAUUGUGCGUUACCUUUCUCACUUUGAAGACUCUAACUGCGUCUACAUCGUUAUGGAGCUUUGCGCACAUGCAACACUUAAUGAAAUUCACAAGCGGCAGAAACGAUUCACUGAGCAGGAGGCACGGCAUUACAUCUGGCAGUUAUGUGAUGGAGUGCGAUAUCUCCACCAGAAUAGAGUCAUCCAUCGAGAUCUGAAACUUGGCAAUCUGUUCCUCAAAGACAGUACUGAUUUGAAGAUUGGUGAUCUCGGUCUGGCGGCUAAGUUGGAUUAUGAUGGUGAUAGGAAGACCACAGUAUGUGGUACUCCGAACUAUAUCGCCCCUGAAAUCCUCGAAGGAGCUCACCAUAACUAUGAGGUGGACAUCUGGUCUAUAGGAGUUAUUCUCUACACUAUGUUAUGCGGAAGACCGCCGUUUGAAGAUCAGGAUGUGAAAUCAACCUAUAGACGAAUUCGACAUUGUCAAUAUAAGUUCUCCGAUAGUGUUUCCAUAUCGAACGAGGCUAAGUGCCUCAUACAGAGCAUGCUACAGACAGAGCCGACUCUUCGACCCACACUGGAUCAAAUAAUGAGUUCAACUUGGAUGAUAGGGAAGACACCGGCCCCACAAGUCAUGAGCAGCAACCCGAUGCAUUACUAUAUCACUGGUAACGCGGGUAACGGUGUAAGUGAUAACAACAACAACAAGAAGCAUCAAUAUCAUCAUCGUACGCCUGCGAGCAGCGAUCACCAUCUCCUGCAUCCCAUCCUUCGAGACCGGCAAUGCAUCAGAGAGGUCAUCCGCCAUCAUCAGCGAACACCAGCGACACUGCGACGGACUCCCCAGUCUGUGGCCGCCUUGGGAGGUGUGAACAGCCCAGGAACGUCUUCCCGACGUAUACCGAGUUGCCAUAUGCGGCAAGGCAGUAGCAGCACGACAGGUUCAGCCCAACGCCGUCCGUUGCCACCAGUUGGAGAUCGGCUCACCCCUGCAGGGUCCCCUGGGCCCGAUGGAGAUGACAUCUCGACGCCCCAAGCCAGUUAUUCAACUUCACCUGGAGGGACUCCAUCGUCGGCGAGCGGUCAAGUGAUUCGCGGCACCACGGGAAGAGUGCUAGGCCGGGAGAACGGUCCGUUGCCACCGGUGUGGAUCACGAAGUGGUGCAACUUCACGUCGAAGUACGGUAUCGGUUUCCUUCUAUCGAGUGGCAACAUGGGAGUUUACUUCAACGACAGUACGCAGAUGAUCGCUUUGGAGGCGUCAAGUGAUGAUAAACCAUCAGCAAAGAUGCAAGUCGAGUAUAGAUACAGAAGCGGUAGCAAUACCGAACGGACGGAAGUUCUUCCUAUGGAUGGUCAAGGCGGGUGGCAGGUUGAGUCUGAGAAUCGUCCAGAGAAGGGACCGGGCAGCACUCGAGAUGUUAAGAAAAAGUUGACGUUGAUGAAGCAGUUCCGAGCCUUCUUAUUGCAGGAUGAUACCAAACGUGAAGGGGUUACGUUUGGCUAUAGUCGUAUCGCCCUUCCGGAGGGCCAGUCUUCGACUGAUCAUACUGGCGGCUCUUGUGGAGUUGUGGGCAUACGGAAAUUCCUUGACACUAAGCAUGGUAUUCUCUUCACGUUGACUGAUAAGCUUAUACAAGUCUCCUUCUACGAUGGUUCGGAAUUGAUCUUAUCGCCUAAGACGGGCUCAGCAGUUUAUGUGUGUCGGAAAAGUGGUCGUCGAUACACAUUCAGUCUCAGUAGACUGCCUGAGCUCACUGAGCUCGGGUCACGGGAUCAGUUGGCGCAUGAUGUGAUCAAUGGCAGUUUCGAUACGCAUGGGAGUAGCAGCGAAAUGGGAGAGUUACGUCAUUUUCAAUUCGUCUACCUCGGAGUGUAUGUGUUAGCAGUCUUCGCUGACUGGCUCCAAGGCCCGUUUGUGUAUGCGUUGUAUCGGUCGUACGGAUAUAGCAUUGAGGAUAUUGGUUCUCUAUUUAUUGUCGGCUUCCUGACCUCGGGUGUUUGCGGGACGUUUGUUGGUGGUAUGGCUGAUGCCUUCGGUCGGAAGAAGGCUUGCCUGAUGUACUGCAUUCUCUACGCUUUAGCAUGUCUACUCUACCACUUGCGGAACUUCUAUGUUCUACUACUAGGCCGGUUCUUGGGAGGGGUUUCCACAUCACUACUCUUUUCGGUAUUCGAGGCAUGGAUGUUGGAGGAGCACGCGAAACGGGGUUUCGACGAAUCGGCACUCAACGAUACUUUUGCCAAGGCCACUUUGGGUAACGGCACGACAGCAAUUGUGGCUGGAGUGGUAUCGCAUUUUGCUGCUGUCAAGUACGGUCCUAUUGGGCCCUUCCGGGUCUCUGCUGCCACGUUGGGUAUAUGCGGAGUAGCGAUCAGUUUACUAUGGAACGAAAAUUACGGCAAACCCGACUCCAAAAUUGCCUCGUUGGGACAGUUGGCUUGCAGCAUUCACGUUAUGAGUAUUGUGCUUCAGUCUUGCUUCGAAUCGGCUAUGUAUGUAUUCGUAUUCAUGUGGACGCCCGCCCUUCCGGAGUCUAUGGAUCCGGGCACGGUCUUUACUGACUUUAUGAUAGCAAUGAUGAUUGGAAGUGAAGUAUUUGAGACCCUUAAAUUCCCCAGAAUUUCAUGUUGUCACCAACACACGUCGUUUAACAUGUGCGUAAUCUCCCACAUUGUCGUUUGUUAUAACAUCCUUUGUCCUUGUCAGGUUCCAUGCUUUACUAUAGCCUCGUUGCCAAGACUAGCAGCAUUCUGUUUAUUCGAGGCGUGCUGUGGUGUCUACUUCCCGACGCAUUAUUCGAUCCGGUCGAGUAUCGUGCCGGCGUCGAUUCGAGCAACUAUGUUCAAUGUAUAUCGAGUACCUCUUAACGUUCUUGUUGCGAAGAUUUGUACCAGUGUGGGCACCAUGAACGAGUCUGCAGUGUUCGCCACUUGUUCUAUCCUACUCAUUGCUGGCGCUCUACUGGCGUUCAAGAACGACCAACUGCUACUCAAAGUGUCCAAUGCUAAGGAAGACUAG